AUGGAUCGGACUUUUCUCUGCAAUUCUAUAAUACACUUCACCUAUGGUUGCUCCAACCUCAACCCAAGCACUGUUAUCUUCAAUAUCAACGUCAAUGGAUCUAAGGAAUUAGAGGUCAAGGAGGACAAAUGGGAGACCAGCAGUGUAAGAGAGGCCUUCAUAGUCAUGGCCACCGCUUCUAAUUCUGACUUGCAGUCCAAGUUGUCUGCAACAAAUGACCGUGGCCUGUGCAUGGGAAUCAAUGAAGGGCAAGAUGUUAGUAAGCAAGGAGGAGGAGAGACUUUUGUAACGAAAGGAUUCAAACUUUGGAAUCAUAAAGAGAAGUUAUCAUCCCAUGUUGGAGGAGUUAAUGGUGCUCAUAACCAAGCUGUCAAGAAGAGUGAAGAUCUAAUGAAGGAAAAGCAACACAUUCAAAGUGUUUUGAUUAAGCAAUCAAAUCAAAAUAAAAUUGAAUAUUGGGUUCAAUUAAAUGUAAUAGUUGAUUGCAUAAAAUUCUUUUUAUGUCGGGGGUUAGCUUUUCGUGGUUCAAGUGAUAAAGGAAAUUUUUUUGAGCUUUUACAAUUUUUGGCGGAUCAUAAUGAAUCUAUCAAUGAAGUGUUGCAAAAAGCUCCGAAAAAUUGCAAGCUUACCCACCAUGGAAUUCAAAAAGACAUUGUGAAUGCAGUUGCAUGUGAAACAUCUAAAGCCAUCAUCAAGGAUCUUGACAAUGGGUUCUUUUCAAUAUUAGUUGAUGAGUCGCAUGAUAUCUCAAUGAAAGAGCAAAUGGCCCUCGUUGUUCGUUAUAUGAACAAAAAAUUAAUUAUUAUAAAGCGGUUCUUUGGUAUUAUACAUGUAGCAAGUACCACCACUUUGUCACUCAAAUAUGCUGUUGAAUGUUUACUUUGUAAACAUAAUUUGAGUUUAUCGAAACUACGUGGGCAAGGUUAUGACGAAGCUAGUAAUAUGCAAGGUGUUAUCAAUGGUCUCAAAACUUUAACUUUGAAAGAGAAUAAGUCAGCAUUUUAUGUUCAUUGUUUUGCUCAUCAACUUCAAUUGAAUCUUAUUGCCGUUGCUAAAAAUCACAUUAACAUUGCUGAAUUUUUUUAUGCGAUUACUCAGCAGGUAUUUGUGGCGGAGGAGUUUUGUCGUGAUAAUCGCAGUCGGGCUGAGGCUGAGUCCCAGUCUCGGACGGAGAUGGAGAAAGCCUUGGGGUCCCUCAAGCACAAUCACCUUGAACUCACGGAGAAGUUCAAGGAGUCGGAGAAACGGCGCAAGAGUGCAGAGGCCGGUUUGAAAAGUGCUGAGACCCAGGCGGAGGAUCAGCGCAAAGAGCUGUACGCGACCCAGAUCAACCUUGCCACCGAGAAGCAGGCAGUGCUGGAUCUCAAGAUUGCCCUGCAAAAGGAAUUCCUGUGGAUUCGGCGUUGA